AUGAAAAGCCUCAUCAUCGUUCUCUGUCUCACCAUUAUUCAGACAACAACGAUCGGAGGAUGGCCAAAACCUUCGGAAAUCUCCAAUAACGCAAUGCUAAUAAAUACCGACCACCACCGUUACUACGGUAGUAAAUUUAGUUUUGAAGAUUCCAAAGUUUGGAAAUGUGUUUAUAACAACGGAUGUGGAGCCGCUGUCUCUAUAUCUUACCCUGGACCUCCACAACCACCAUCGAAAAAGCCACCAACUCCAUCGUCUCCUCCUCCAACAUCAAAUAUGUCUCCACCACCACCUAAACCAUCACCGCCUCCACCAACUCCUAGAAUGUCUCCUCCACCUCCAAAAAAAUCUCCUCCGCGUCCCAAACAAUCUCCUCCGCCUCCUAAACCAUUACCUCCGCGUCCCAAACAAUCUCCUCCGCCUCCUAAACCAUCACCUCCGCGUCCAACUCCAAAGAGGUCUCCUCCGCCUCCUAAACCUUCACCUCCACGUCCAACUCCAAAGAGGUCUCCUCCGCCUCCUAAACCAUCACCUCCGCGUCCAACUCCAAAGAGGUCUCCUCCGCCUCCUAAACCAUCACCUCCACGUCCAUCUCCAAAGAGGUCUCCUCCGCCUCCUAAACCAUCACCUCCACGUCCAACUCCAAUGAAGUCUCCUCCGCCUCCUAAACCAUCACCUCCACGUCCAACUCCAAAGAGGUCUCCUCCGCUUCCUAAACCAUCACCUCCACGUCCAACUCCAACUCCAAAGAAGUCUCCUCCUCCGCCUCCUAAACAAUCUCCUCCGUCUUAUAAACCAUCAACGCCAUCACCUACACCCAAAAUUACACCACCGCCUCCAAUUCCCAAGAAGUCUCCACCUCCACCAAACGAGUCAACUCCAUCAUCACCGGAGCAUCAUUAUCAGAAUCCGGAUCCAAAUCCGUGGGGGCAUUUUAUCAGUUGCAUGAGCGAUUUUGGGCCGUCGGCAAUAUGUAAGCAGCAAAUGGAGGUAAGUUACUACACAGGGAGGUUUCGUGUGAGUGACUAUUGCUGCGACCUUAUUGUCAACAUGAGAAAUGAAUGUACUGAUGUCAUUUUAGGCUUCUACACUGAUCCCUUCUUCGUUCCUUUGAUUCGUUACACUUGCCACGUCAAGAACUAG